CUCUCGACAUUGAUUUCUGUUUCUCUCCACAAACAUGGAUCACUACAUCUACAUAUCCCCACCCCCCUCAAAUUCAGUCUUCCCUCCCGGCCACAUUAUCUUAGCCCCAGUACCGUGUUUGCCAGAUUUUUACUCUGUAAACUUUGAAGGUGAAUUGAUCCGAGUUACUGUUGCGAAGAAGGCUGUUCAUAUCCAUGAGUGGAUUUCCGGGAUUUGCCGUAUUCACCGCCCCAGUCUUGAGCGCAAACUUAUCGUUGGCAUUGACACAGAGUGGCUUCCGAACCUUGCUCCUGAUGAUGACCAUCCCGUUGCCAUUCUCCAACUCUGCGUUGGCCAAUAUUGCCUCAUCGUCCAACUUCUCCAUGCCGACUGCAUUCCACCUUCUCUCUAUGGCUUCCUGGCCGACCCUCGGCACGUAUUCUGCGGCGUUGGCGUCCAAGAAGAUGUCAAGAAACUGUAUGAUCACCACGGCUUGACUGUGGCCAACACUGCUGACCUUAAUGACUUGGCUAGAUUGGCGAGCGAACUAGAUGGGAGGGAGUAUUACCAUAUGGGAUUGAAAAAGAUGGCCUUGGCAAUUCUUGGCAAGGCGAUGGUGAAGCCGUUGCGAGUUACGCUGAGCAAGUGGGAUUCUCAUAACCUCGAUUCUGAGCAAGUGGAAUAUGCAGCCGUCGACGCGUAUGUUUCGUUCCAGAUUGCUUUUGCACUGUACCCAUGGAUUGAUUAUCAAUUGGAAGAGAUUGUUCACUACUGAAACAAUUACAAGUUGUAAGAAAUUAUGAUCUGUAUUCAGGAAUUUGAUUGCCAAAUUUUCAUAUCUUUUUUUUCAGUAUGAUAUUAUGGAACUGGCCUCUGUAUGUAGAUAUUGACACAACCAACAGACGGACUUAUGCAAAAGAUAGAGAAAUUCUUCAAAUGAUGAAAUCACUCAGUUUAAAGGCCAAUGUAGCUAACUCUUUCAUCUUUAAUCCAAGAAUGCCCAUGU